CAGACAUGAGAAGUGUAAACUGUACUGAGUGACGGCAUGUGAAACCUGCGCAUGUAACAGCUGGAGCCGCGAUACUGACCUGCACUCGAGUAAUGUCAGGCUGGUUGAGAGAUGGAGAGGUGCUGGAGGGUGAGGGCAGUGGGCAGGCAUCUCCGUACAGCCCUAGACACAGGAGCCCAGUGCCCGGGAGAGGUGGAAAGAAUACACCCAGCAACACAGGAUACGGAUGUCAGACCUCAGGCCUGGUCAAGCAUGACACCAUGAGCAAAGCCAAGAUGCUGUUUAAACUGUGUGAUAAAGAGGACAAGGGCUUCAUCACCAAGCGGGACAUGCAGAGGUUACAGGGAGAGUUGCCUUUGACCCCGGAGCAGCUGGAGUCUGUGUUUGAGAGUUUGGACAGAGACAAAAACGGCUUCCUCACACCACUUGAGUUCCACACAGGCCUUGGGGAGCUGGUGGAAGAGUGUGAAGAGAAGGAUCCAGCAGAGAUCAGAUUUACACAGAUCUUAAUAGAGCUUGGAGCAGAUAAACUUCUCAAAGAUCAGUGGGAGCUGUGUUCUCUGUGGUGUAAUCUGCAAAAGGACAAGCCAGAACUGUUAAAUCUGCUGGAGGAAAUUCUCUCCUAUGCCGUAGCUCAUCUUCAAGACUCAGUCAGAGAGAGGGACAGUUUGGAACAGGCCCUGCACAGGCGAGAAAACGACCAUGACAGGAUGGUACGCUCCCUUUAUGAAGACUUAGAAAGCCAACUCAAAGAAGAGAGAAAGAAACGACUUGCUUUGAGCAGUGGGAAGCAAGAUGACAAGACAGAGCAGCUGCUGCAGGAGCUGAGGAUGCGAGAACAGGAACUAGAGUUUACACUGACCAAGCAAAGAGAGCUGGAUAGUAAGAUCGAGGCCUUGUGUCGUGACCAGUCAAACACACGGGGGCAGAACCAAAGGCUUCAGCGCAUGAAUGUAGAGCUGCGGGAACAGCUGGAAGAGAGUCGGGAGGAGCUACACAGGGCCCUUAGCCAGCUUCAGUUGAUACAGGAAACACUGCAGGAUCAGCAGGAGGGCAAGGAGAGGCAAGUGCUGAAGGUCUCCAGAAACAUGCAGAAAGAGCGAGAGAGUCUGACAAGGCAGCUGGAUAUGCUCAGGGAAAUGAACAAGCGUUUGCGGGAUGAAAAGGAUGCACAUCAGGAUCAGAAGAUGACACCUGAGAUGAUGAGGCGUUUAGAGAAGAAAGGAUCAGUAAUUGGAGACUAUUUCCUGACCAAGAUGCCUUUCAGCAGACAGGUCAGUUUUGGUGCUCAAAAUAAGAGUGGCUCGCCAGAUGUGAUCGCUGAGGCAGAGCCAAUGCAUCUCUCAGAGUACCUGAAAGAAGGGGAAACGCCCAUGAUGCUACACGGUAAAAAGGCAGGAGUAAGUGGUCCAGAGCAAGUGUUUAAGGUUGUGUUUUUAGGCAGCUCAGGAGUGGGCAAAAGUUCAUUCAUUUACCACUACUGCAAAGGGCACUUCCCCAGUAAUAUGAGCGCUACUGUAGGUAUGGACUUCCAAGUAAGAAGUCUAGUAGUUGACUCCAUGCAUAUUGCUCUUCAGCUUUGGGAUACAGCAGGACAGGAGAGAUUUCACAGCAUCACUCAGCAGUACUACCGCAGAGCAGAUGGUAUUCUAGCCAUGUAUGACAUUACUCAUUUUGCCUCAUACUCGGCAUUGUGUGACUGGCUGGACCAAAUACAGAAAAACAUAACUGAAGGUACAUGUCUGAUGCUGCUUGGUAAUAAGGGGGACAUGGAUGAAGGGGGAGGAAGGCAGGUGACCACCAAGCAGGGACAUAAACUGGCUGAGGAGUACCAGGCUGAGUUCUUUGAAUGCAGUGCAAAAAAUGGCUACAACAUUGAAGAGGCUAUGACACAUCUGGCUAGACUGAUGGCUGCCAAGCAGGAUAAACAAUGUGAGUCUGCACGUCAUGUUUUGGACUACUCAAACCAGAGAGGACGAUGCUGCACCUAGUCAGGGUUGUUAACGGACACACAGCUAAUUCUGCUCUGACAGCUGGUCAAAACACUGAUGUUAUAACCUUUCCCCACAUCAGCAAGAGCAUGUCCGCAUCUAAUUGCACCAGUGGAACAUGUGUAAAUACUUUACACAUUAAGUAUAUGAACAACCUGUGAUCUCUAAGUCUGUAAAUGUAUGUUUAGCCAUUUUUUAAGUAUAUUUUACCCAUGGCAGGGUAUCUGUCAGUAUUAAACAUAGUCAGAACCAUAAAAUAUGGUCAUAUAAUAAAUACAUCAUUCUUUUGUACAGACCCAGACAUUCAUAAGACUGUUCUUAGUAUCUUAGUAAUAAUGCAUGCGUACAACUUCAUAGUCUUUCCAAUGGUUUAGUUAGAGUCUAGGUCCAGCUGCAAAUGGUAGCAGAAUCUUCAUCUGCCAUGCCACUUAUGAGGGCAAGAAGGUGCAGAUGAUUGACAUGUCAGUUCCUAAUAACUGACAAGUCCCCUGCACCCUGAUGAGUGUUAAUUUGCUUCAGGUGGGAGAUUUUCUAAAUAUAACGCUUUCUCCCUCAAAGUCUUGCCAGCUCCUUUGUUUGGCAACCUGCUCUUUCUCUGAAAUCAUGAUACUAGGCUUGCUCCAGUCUGGUUUCCCGUUGGCACUGGAUGCCUUUAUCUUUUUAUUGCAACCUGGCUAUGGUUGCAGUGUUUUUUUUUUUGGCCUUACUAUGAAACCACCUUGGGAAAGCAAAUUCCCUCAGAGCCUGUGUGACAUGCCUUUUCCAUAGCACACCCACCUGUAAAUCCAUGUAGCUUGGUGGGGAUGGGGUGCUGCGUGUGCAUUUCCGUUCCCAGCUUGUUUUGAGGGCUCCUAAUGUGUACUGUACUGGGUUGUCACAGGCAGCCUAAGUAGCCUCUCAUAUUGUCACAAUAAGUUCUCAAUUCUGCACUGUAUUUCCCUUUUUUCCCACUUUUUCUGUUGUGGGCUGUGGUUGUUUUUGUCUUUGUGUUACUUUUACUUUUAUUUAUUCUGUUAUUCUGGUCACCUAUUUACUUUCUUAUCUCCUUUUUGUUUGUGGCUUCUUUUUUUUCCCCUUGGUCAAGCAUCCUGCAUUUGGGUUAAUUUUCAUUCUUGCUAGGGAUGGUUUUCACUCCAUUUCAGUGGAACAGUAGUCUACAGUUUAAUGUAUAUCUUCACAUAAAAAUAACAAAUCGAAUGAUUUUAUGAGAUUAAACAAAUGAAUUAACUUGGUGAUCAACUGUUUAUCUAGGUAUUUCACUUAAGUUGCUAUUUUUAUCAUGUUUUUAAGAAAUUAUAUUACAUUUGAAACUUACUUGUU